CGUCACAGUUCUGCGACUAAAACCUAAGGCCCGGUUGCGUGUAGGAGACCUGUGUGUGUAAGUAAGUUCCGAGGCCAGGUGAAAGUUCCAUCCAAGACAUGAUUGAACAAAGCAAACGGAAGGGAAUGGAGCUGGUUCCAGUACCGGCCAAAAAGCCAAGGAAUGAGGUGGUGGCCGCGGCGGUGGCGGGCCCGCCCAGGACAUCCAGCCUCCAAGCACCAAUCAUGCUGCUCUCUGGCCACGAAGGAGAGGUUUACUGCUGUAAAUUCCACCCCAAUGGUGUCACAUUGGCUUCUGCAGGUUUUGACAGGCUCAUCUUGAUGUGGAAUGUAUAUGGUGAUUGUGAUAAUUAUGCAACAUUAAAGGGUCACAGCGGUGCUGUGAUGGAGCUUCAUUACAAUACUGACGGAAGCUUACUGUUCUCUGCAUCCACUGAUAAAACUGUGGCUAUUUGGGACAGUGAAACAGGAGAGAGAGUAAAGAGACUGAAAGGACAUACCUCAUUUGUUAAUUCUUGUUAUCCAGCAAGACGGGGACCUCAACUGAUUUGCACUGGGAGUGAUGAUGGCACUGUGAAACUUUGGGACUUCAGGAAAAAGGCAGCCGUGCAGACUUUCCAAAAUACAUACCAAGUAUUAUCUGUCACAUUCAAUGACACCAGUGAUCAAAUCAUCUCUGGAGGGAUAGACAAUGAUAUCAAGGUCUGGGAUUUGCGGCAGAACAAGCUAAUGUAUACAAUGAGAGGACAUGGGGACUCUGUGACCGGUGUCAGUCUUAGUUCUGAGGGCUCCUACUUGCUUUCAAAUGCUAUGGAUAAUACAGUCCGUGUAUGGGAUGUUCGUCCCUUUGCCCCCAAAGAAAGGUGUGUAAAGGUAUUCCAAGGGAACGUACACAAUUUUGAGAAGAAUCUGUUGCGCUGUUCGUGGUCUCCUGAUGGCAGUAAAAUUGCAGCAGGAUCUGCAGACAGGUUUGUUUAUGUGUGGGACACCACAUCUCGUAGAAUUCUGUACAAGCUCCCAGGCCAUGCUGGAUCUGUCAAUGAAGUGGCCUUCCACCCUGAAGAACCGAUUGUUCUCUCUGCAUCUAGCGAUAAGAGAUUGUACAUGGGGGAGAUCCAGUGAAUUCAGCCUGUACAAAUCCCAGAGAAUCUAGCCUCCCAUGAGACCAGCCAUCUUCCACUGUCCACAGAGAUUGUAUAUACAAGUCAGAUGAUGCACUGGCUCUGAUUUCUUUGGGGGGGGGGUGUUCUCCAUCCCUCCUAGGACUAAGACUCUCAAUAGUGCUACUGUAACUGGCCAAAAAUGGGGAGGGGGGCGAUUGGAAUAGAUGUCUUCGGAUAUUUUUUUUCUUUCUUACACAUAUGCCCUCUUCACUUUUCCUCCCUGACAGGUAGCGAUAAAUAUUUCAUGGCUUUUAUUUUGUGUUUAUAAAUUGUUUUUAUUAAAA